AUGAAUCAGCUCCGCAGAAAGUUCGCCAAUCUAUGGAACCCAGCGCAGCAAGAGGAUGAAGGUCCCGAGCAACAACAUGGACCAAACGGCAACAAUCUAAGCCGCAGAGCCAGCAGCAGCAGCAGCUCCUCCCUGGGGGUGCCUGCCGCUCUCGAACUCGACGCUGCUGGGCGAGAUUCUCCUCGGCGUGAUGGCCAGGACGAGGAGAACGCCGACGACGAUGGAGCAGGCGAGCAUACCUCGCCUCCUCGCCUGCUCUCCUUGUCGCACCCCUGGGGCACCUCCGACCCAAACCCGCCGCCAGGGUGGGCCUCAUCCUCGUCUCGCCCGGCCUCUCAGCGAAGAUCUCACGGGCAAAUUCUGCACGUGCGGCACCACAGUGACAGUGAUCGGUACGCAAAUGGCACAACAGUAGGCGAUGACAGACCGUCAACACACACCGACCUCGGCUCUCCCGCCGCCGCCCUAGGAGCGGCGGCAGGAUUAGGAGCGGCGGCAGACGGAGGCGGCCGCCGACGGCGCACUCGGGAGGAGGAAGUGGAGUCCGCCUACCGCACCGGUACCUACUCGGGCAACACGAAACGGCAUCGUGCCGAGGAAAAGGAGGAACAGCAGGAACAGCUCGCCGCCAACGGCGGAGAGGAAGGUUUGGACCGGCGGCGCCAAGCCUCCUCCCGCUUCCUCCGGCGGACGUGCCCAGCCGACAGCACGUUCGUCUCGCCGGCGGCAGCGAAACGCUCCGUCAGCUACUGCGCCUCCGCCGCCGGCGUGCCCGCGAACGCCGUCGCCGCAGACGAGGAGGAGCUGGAGCUGGAGCACCGCCGAUCUUCGACGCCAUCCCGUCUCAUCUUCCGCGCCGGCUUCUUCAAGGCGCUGCUGGGGACUAGGGCCGCCGCCAAGCGUGCGAGGUCGGCCACCAAGCUCAAGAGGAAGACACACGAGCUGCAGGCCGCGAUCAUCCGCCAGGCAUUUCACUCGGCGCACCCGCCUCAUGAGGGCGGGAGCGAGGACGGUGGCGAGGAGGAGAGGAAGGAGGAGGGCGUCCCGCGCAGGAUUAAAGGAGCAACGGGGGAGCUGUCGGCGCGGGAGGAGGAGGGUUUGGAGAUGUGGCGGCGUGUGAACGUAGCGGAGGAGGAGCACGGGAAGGCGGCGGAAGAGAAGGCGAUGGCGAGGAUGCGGAGGCUUAAGAACCUGCGGGCCGAGGCACUGAUGGCGUUCGGACAAGCGCAGGAGGCGCUCGCGGACCUCGUGGCCACUGCGAACACCGCCUUCGACGCAGCUGAGGGUCCCGACAUGGCCAAGCUUAGAAGCCUGUUUGCUGGAGGAGCGGACAGCCCCAGCUCACGAUUCAAGGACGACAAAGAAGUGAGAAGUCUCCAAAAGAAGUACUCGGCGCUGGAGGCUUUCCUGAAGCAGGUCAAGGACGCCAACGGUGCCGGAAACUCGGCGGGGCUCGAGGCUUUGCUCAGCAGCGAGGCAGCGAAGGGCGUCAAGAAUCAGCCGGAGGUGGUGUCGGCAUCGGAAGCCCUGGAAACGGCAAAGAAUAAGGACGCAGAGGAUGCGAGGGCAAAGGCGGUGGCAGCGGCAGCGGCGGCGGCAAAAGCGGCGAAGGCUCAACAGGAGAAGGACCAGGCUGCGGCGGCGUUGGCUGCCUCCCGGGCCCAAGCCGACGCGGCCGAUCAAGCAAAGGCGGCGGCGGAGGCUAAGGCGGCGGCCGCUGCCUUGAGAAAGGCGCAAGACGAGGAGCAGGAGAUUGCGGAGGCGGCGCAGGCGGCAGCGGCAGGAGCAUUGGUGGCGGAGAAGGCCAGGUUCGCGGAGAAGGCAAGCGAGCUCAAAGCUAAUGUGCAGGGGCGUCGGGCCGCUGUAGAUCAGAUCCUGGCAAGCUCUGACCCAGGGGUGAAAAAGAUCAGGAUGGCCUUCAAGAAGUCGUACCAGGGUUGCCUCAACAAGCUCUCGGCGACGCCUUCGACGGUCAGGCAGGUGGCACGGGACAUCCAGGUCAAGGCGGAAGCGCCGCUGGCGGACGCGAGGAGGGCGGGCUGGGAGGCAAAGGCAAAGGAGUUUCUAUUCUUUAACCUCGCCGACAAGCUGGUGGACUAUUCGGAGCGCGAUCACUUCAGCGGGGACUCGUACCGGAUGGCUUUUCCGCUGGCCUGUGUGGCGGUGGACCUGAUGGAGGAGCAUGCGGGACUAUCGGAGCUCUUCCUGGGCACUCUGUACUUGAGGUGCCCGUCGGCCGUGCCCGCUCUAUCCUUCGACACCGCUGGCUUGUCCGAUCGCGAGGUGAUGGCGCUGUUGGGGCAGACGCGGGACGAGGACCUUCCCACGUUUCUGAACCGCACCAAGGGGCUGGUGGUGCUCAUGGCCGCCGUCAUGCAGGGCUGGUGUUGGCUGGCUCGCUUCGUGAACGGGAUGGCGGGGUACGUCAAGAAGGGGAACCCGCCGCCGGUACCGGCCGGCCCAGUCCUGGAGUGGUUCCUGAAGGUGGUCGGGUUCGAGUUGCAGCGGCACUACGGCAGGGCGUUCGACAAGGUCGUGCAGGCCAUCAAGACCGAAAUCCUGCCUAUCCUCCUGCCGAAAUCCGUUGUACCCCACCUCCUUGAUGUGGUGAUGGAAGACUACGAGGGGAGAGGCCGACGUUUUCUGCCUCCGGCGGGCAGGGAUAAGGAGUUUAGACACUUCCGGGUGUGGGGGGACACGUGA